AUGUCGGCCCCCAGGCUCCCCUCGGUCCGCCUGCCAGCGAUCGUGGCGGGCGCGGCGGGAGGCGACGACGACCCUGACGCCGUCGUGGUGGAGCUGCCCCCUUCUACGCGCUUUGGGAUCGCAUGGCCCGCGGAGUCCCCAACGCAUAUACCCAAUCCCUCCGAGCUCGCCUCUAACGUCACCCUCUCCUCCUCCUCCGAGGGCGAGACGGACUUGUCAGACGACGAGCCCGCGAACACCGCCCGCCGCCCGCCGCAUACGGCCACGGAAGAAAGCGACGGUUCUGAGUUUGUCACUCCCACCAACAGCCUCGCCACCGACCGCGACCCGAUGGAGCACGCCAACCCAUCUCCGUCCAUCCCCCGCCUCUCCCGCGCGUUCUCCAUGCCCCUCCCCUCCCAGCUCGGCCCGUUUCAAAACCCCAGGCGAGCGCCCUCGUCCACAGGUUCCUUCUCACCCUCCCCCAUGGCUGGCCCCUAUGAGGAACCCGUCCACCUCCAGGAACUUUCCCUCGAGCUUGCCGACUCUGUCCAAAUGGUCAUACAGACCCUCCUCCAGCUCUCGCCGCCUCAGGUGCUCGACCCUGCAAAGGAACAGUUCGCCGCCUGCUCGCUCUCCAUCCCUACCCCCUCCAUCUCCGCCAUGUUCACCUCUAUGAAGAACCUGAACUUCAUGUCCGCUAACAUGUCGACCUUUGGUUCUGACGGCGGCCCGUCUCCAAAUUCCCCUGCCGGCUCCGCGCGGUCCGCGCGCGCUGCUUCAGGCUCAAGCACGUACGUGGACUUUGAUGUCGGAGAGAUGUUGCAGAGCGUGGGGGAUGCCUUGAGCGGUGUAGCGGCGCAAGCGGGCGUCGACCUCGUCCUCUUCCACGAAGACCUCGGCUUGCGGCACGUCGCCGUCAAGGGCGACGAGAGCGGAUUGUCUUACACGCUGUCCCAUAUUCUCCGUCAAGUCAUCAGCGUCGCGAAACAGGGCGACAGCAUCGAGAUUGGACUGUUCAUCGACAGCGCGAAGAAUCCGCAGCGGUCACUUUCCCCUGGCGCGCCGUCAAGGUCAGGCUCCCCUGUUCUCGGCACGGAUGGACCCCUGCGCUGCAGUUUUCACAUCGCGCACCGCUUUGGCAUGCAAGAACCUCCAUCAUCUAUUCCUGUGGGCGAAGGUGCAGGUGAUGCAGCUGUUGAGGACGACGGACUGCCUCCACUGCCGUCCCGCAAUGUGCCCUCGUUCAAGACCCUCAUUCUCCGCCGUCUCCUGCAACAUGUUGAUGCCCAUCUCGAACCUGAUAUCGCGAAUCGGGGUGCCCUCGUGGGUCGCACCUGCGUCCUUACCACCACCCUCGAUCGUGGUAUCCCCUCCGUCGUGGAUCCUGCGGUGAACUUGUCCCCGGAAGAAGCCGCCUACCUCGGCUAUCCUGCCGAGCUGCGCAUAUCCCAUGAACCUACCCUUGAACAGCUCACGCAGUUCGCCGAGUCGCUACGAGGACGCAAGGUCACCCUGUUUGCGCACUCAAAGGGUUCUUUCGCUCGGCACCUGACAAGUUACCUCACAAAUUGGGGUCUCGACGUUAGUCAUGUGUCAACCGAGCCGGACGCCGAGAGUCUUGUGGAACUGGGCGAGAAGCUUGCUGAGACGGAGUCAACGACGUCGCGAGACAGCGGAGGCGCGGAACCAUCACCCCCGAAUGUGUCGCCGCCGACAGGGAGCCCGACUAGCGCCGAACCUUUCGUUCUCAUCGACGACGACGUGGGCGUGCUACGGGCACGGCUGCAGAAGAUUCGCGCAGAACAGGUUUAUCCUCUCCAACUUCACAGUCGCAAACGGCCGUCGCUCGCUCAGAACCACAGACCACGAUCUUCACCCCAGGUCGCACGAGUGAUGGGAAUGACCCCGAUGCCUGCCCAGGUCACGCCACAGGUCGUGAUCGUUCACUUUACCUCAUUAGAGAACUUCAAGCUCGUCAAGGACGCCAUCCAGUCCAUCAUGACGCCAGGCAACUCGUGGACACGGUUACCCGAAGUCAUCGUCAUCCCCAAGCCUGCAGGCCCACGCCGAAUUCUGACCUCCCUUCACACUGCCGUUACAAAACCCGUUGUCGACCCGUUCUUCGCCCCCAUUGCGACGUCGCCCGUCAGCCCCAGCUUCCACAACAUGACGCCCUUCUUCACGACUGCGAACAACCAGCGCUCUCCCGGUGGGCGGUCAACAGGCAGCAUGCGCACGAGCUCCGACCGUUCCGCGCGGUCCCCAAAGGAGACGGGCCUCGACUCCGUGAAUCAUGCACCGUCGUCACCUUUGGGUGCUCCCGACACCAUGGAGUACUUUUCCGAUGCUGCUACAAAGCUGGGGACUUCGCCAUCCUCUGGGCUCGUCAUCCAGAGCCCCGACGGCCAGCCGGCAGGAAUAUUCUUCCAUCCGAAGUCGAAAGGUAAGGACUCCGCCGCAGGCACGCGAGCGCGAGCUUACUCUGCCGCAGAGGGAGGACGCUCUCGCGGGACCACCAGUCGUCGCACAUCGGACGGUGACGAGACUCGUCGCGCGCUGACCUUCAUUGCGCCUGAGAUCGCACGCAGGAGCCCACACGCCGAGAAGACACCCACAGAGGUCGUAUUCGAGGUCGGGACACCGGUAAUGCCCUCGUCCACGAAGGGCAAGGCGCGCGCGCCGCCGUUGGUGGAGAGCACGUCCGAGGAGCCCGACCUUGCCGCUUCGUCAAUGUCAGACAAACCACCUCUGUCUCCGGUCCCGCCCAAACUAACGCGGCGCAUCAGUCAGGAUCCUCGACACAGCCCACCUUUGUCCCCACAGGGUCGUUCGCCGGCUUCAGGGCCCGCUCCCAGACGUCAGCCAGCCAAGCGGUCGUCGACGGAAGCGACGUCGUCCGCCUCGUCUGUUCCAACGGCCAAGAAGGGCGCGCGGGUUGGGGAGAACAAUAUUGUUCCUCCGAUCAGUGUGCUCAUCGUCGACGACAAUCCCAUCAACCAGACCAUUCUGUCCACCUUUAUGAAAAAGAAAAAAAUCAAGUACGACGUGGCGAAGAACGGCGAGGAAGCCGUGCAGAAAUGGCGGUCGGGUGGCUUCCAUCUCAUCCUGAUGGACAUCCAGAUGCCUGUCAUGGACGGCAUCCAGGCGACUAAGGAGAUCAGGAGGAUGGAAAAGUCAAAUGGCGUGGGAGGCUUCCCUUCAACACCGCAGUCAGAGGGUCAGCAAACUCCCUCGGACACCUCAACAUCCGAGACACGGUCUGCUACGACGCCAUCGUACCGGUCAUCCGUUAUCAUCGUCGCGCUCACCGCGUCGUCGCUGCAGAGCGAUCGCGUGGCAGCGCUGGCAGCGGGCUGCAAUGACUUCCUCACGAAGCCGGUAUCACUUCAUUGGUUGAACAGCAAGAUCAUCGAAUGGGGUUCAAUCAAGGCGCUGCAAAUGUGGGCCGACAUCCGUCCCGAGGUCGUCAGGAGCAUCACGAGCGGACAGAACGCGCAGGCGCAGAGCGUUGCAAGCAGGUUGCACGUCCCUGAAGGACGCUCGUCGCCCGCCACCAGUCGGUCGUCGUCACAGACGCGGAGGGCAUCGAUGGACGCGGCGAUAACGCUGAGCAAGGCGGACUCUAAGCUUCCGGCGCAAUCACAGGCGCAGUCGGAGGGCUCGUCCGAGUUGAUGUCGGAACCGCCUGGGCAGGGCCAGACCCCACGUCCGCGUGAGUGUGCUCUUGGUCUGCGGCCCUCUUUAUACUUCCCGCUCACAUUCAUUCCCCUACAGCACCGACGCGUACUAGUUUAA